CAAUAAACUGCUUCAUAGUUCAAGUGCAGGGUAGUGCCCAGCUGUCAAUGCUUUUGAGAGUUAAAGGAACAAGACGUCUCUUAUCAACCGCUUCCACUUUUAGAUACAUCUGACAAACAUGGUUGUUCCUGGGCUUCAAGAAAAGAACAAGAAAGUAUACUUUCCUCCAGCGGAUAUGCAAAAGGUUGCGCAUGUGCCUGAUUUUAACUCAUAUCUUGCAAUGUACAAAAGGUCCACUGAAGAUCCUGAAGAGUUCUGGAGGGAGGUUGCUCAGGAGUUUUACUGGAAGAAACCUCCAACAGGCCAGAUGCUGCAGUAUAACUUUGAUAUGACCAAGGACCAGGUUUACAUCAAGUUCAUGGAGGGAGCAAAGACCAAUAUGUGCUACAAUGUGCUAGACCGCAACGUGCUAGACCGCAACCUGGGCGAGAAAGUGGCUUACCACUGGGAAGGGAACUCACCUGACCAUCACCUUACCAUCACAUACAGUCAGCUACUAAAGGAGGUGUGCAGAUGUGCUAAUGCGCUCAAGCAGCUGGGUAUAAAGAAAGGAGACAGAGUGGCAAUUUAUUUGCCUAUGAUCCCCGAGCUUGUGUUCACCAUGCUAGCCUGUGCUCGAAUAGGGGCAGUGCAUUCGAUUGUGUUUGCAGGGUUUUCUUCCGAGUCUCUGGCUGAAAGGAUCGUGGACGCUCAGUGUAGCAUCCUGGUGACGGCAGACGGCGUUUACAGGGGAGAUAAACUGAUCAACCUGAAGCAGAUUUCAGACCUUGCCUUGGAGCACUGCAGAGAAAAAAGCUCCUUUACAGUCCAGAAAUGCCUUGUAGUGAAACAUCAUGCCUUCAGGAUAACCAGUACCUGCAAUAAGCUACAGACACCGUGGAAUGCAGAGUGUGAUGUGUGGUGGGACGACGUUGUGAACAGUGCAUCAGAGGAGUGUGAGCCUGAGUGGCUGGAUGCUGAAGACCCGCUCUUCAUCCUCUACACCAGCGGGUCCACGGGCAAACCCAAGGGCAUACUGCACACGAUUGCUGGCUACCUGCUCUACACAUCUCUUACGUUCAAACACGUCUUUGAUUAUCACCAUGACGAUGUGUACUGGUGCACCGCAGACAUUGGCUGGAUCACGGGCCACUCCUACAUCACAUAUGGUCCAUUAGCCAACGGUGCGACCAGUGUGUUGUUUGAAGGCAUUCCAGUCUACCCUCACGUGGGCAGGAUUUGGGAGAUCAUAGAGAAGCACAAAGUAUCUAAGUUCUACACAGCGCCCACUGCCAUCAGGCUGCUUAUGAAGUUCGGAAGUGAGCCGCUGCAAAAAUAUGAUGUGUCAAGUUUGCGUGUACUGGGAACCGUAGGAGAGCCAAUAAACCCUGAAGCCUGGCUCUGGUACCACAAUGUUGUAGGUCAGGGUAGAUGCCCCGUGGUCGACACCUUUUGGCAGACUGAGACGGGAGGUCAUGUUCUGACUCCAUUGCCUGCAGCAACGCCACUAAAGCCAGGAUCUGCAACAUUACCGUUUUUCGGUGUGCAGCCGACAAUCCUGAACGAGCACGGAGAGGAGCUGGAUGGGGAGGCCGAGGGCUACCUGGUUUUCCGGAAACCCUGGCCAGGCAUCAUGCGGGGCAUCUAUCAAAAUCAAGAACGAUUCCAGAACACUUACUUCAAAAAAUUUCCAGGGUUUUAUGUGACAGGAGAUGGAUGCAGGAGGGACAAAGAUGGCUAUUACUGGAUCACUGGCAGAAUAGAUGACAUGCUGAAUGUCUCAGGGCACUUGCUUAGCACUGCCGAGGUGGAGGCGGCGUUAUCAGAACACCCAGCUGUGGCUGAAGCAGCCGUGGUCAGCUGUCCUCACACCGUCAAGGGUGAGUGUCUCUACUGCUUCGUCACUCUUAAAGACAGCCGAGAAUUCAACUGCACACUCAUGGAGGAGCUCAAAAGGAGAGUGAGAGAGAAGAUUGGCCCGAUAGCCACUCCAGAUUUCAUCCAGAAUGCCCCAGGACUCCCCAAAACCCGCUCAGGGAAGAUCAUGAGGCGUGUCCUGAGGCAGAUCGCUCGAAAUGAAAAGGACCUGGGUGACCUUUCAACGCUGGCUGACCCCAAAGUUGUGGAAGUGCUCUUCAGUCAAAGGUGUGAAGCAGCAGCAUGAGAGCUUUAAGUCAUUUCUCAGGCCUUUACAACUCAUCCUGGAACAGCUUUCAUUUCAAUUUUCACACUGUUAGCUGAUCCUAAAUGAGAAGCAGAGGGACAUUUAUUUUACUUUAUCUGUGAGCGAUAUAAAAAUUAGCACACAUACAGACACAAGAACAAUUUUGAUUGAAUCACGGGUUUCAAAGCUUCUGAACUAACUGGUGGUGUUCCUUUAUCUCAAGAAGUUUCCCAAACAGAGAGGUCAUGUAGAUGUCCUUGCCUUUCCAUCAGCUCCAGAGGCUGACACGACAACCCUUAAAUGAAUUACAGAAAUAAUCUAUAUUCAUGUUGUCAUUCCCCCAUUUUGUGUCACUGUAAUAUAAUCACAAAUGGUCCAACCACUGGAGAGACUAAUAAUAGCGUAAACACUUUUACAGGGAUAGAUUUUGGUCAUUCUGAAAUCCAAGAUGUUUUUUUUUUUCUCGUAAUGACUUUCUAUAACUUAUUGUGUUCGAACCCUUGAUAAAACUGUAGAAGUUUAAGUCUAUAGCACAUUUACAGUACAAGGCCUGAAAAUUACUGUGCUGAGAAUAGCUAUUAUCCGUUAGAAGAGUGUGUAUUUGUCAGAUAAAUGACCCAAAUAUUGCAUUCAACUCACAAUAUUUUUGGUUUAUUCCGUAAUAAAAAGGUAAAAAGAAGCCUGAAACAACCAGUUAAGCCAUUUCACUAUUUCAAUAUGGCUGUAUUGCAAAUUGCACUUUUACAAAGGUAUCUUUGAUACACCAUUAUUAUUAUAGACCCAGAGUUUAAAACAUUUAAAUCCCUUCUACUUCUUCCCUCCCAAAUCUAACUAUGGUGCAUAUCCAGCUACUAUAUAACAGCCUAUAAAUAUAAAAGAAAUCAAAUGAUCAUUUUAAGUUGACACCAUCUGUAAAUAUAAUAGAUAUUGUUCAAGAUAAGUGUUUAUGAUGUAGUUUCUGAUUAACAUAACGAACUGAUUGAAUGCCGUAACGAAUGAUGAUACUGUAUGCACAAGGGGGUGCAGAGAUUACAGUACUUAUAAUACUAAGCUUUCCAUCCAAAAUAUGGUCUUUCUGCUCACUUCUGAAUCCCGAAGGUCCAAUUAUUCAUAUUUAAGUCACUAAAUGAACUGACUCUUGCGUUAUGGAUUACCUUUAUCAACAUAACCAAAAUCUCCACUGUACACACUUUUGUUCUUCCUUACUGUUUCUGAAUCCUGAUUAAAGAAAAGUCUCUGAAACAGUAGACCCUAUAUCAUAAGGCAUGUAUCUUCUGAUGUGGUGAAUGCUUUCUGGAAUUGAUUUAAUUUAAUUAACACAUUUCAAUUGUUUUGUAACUUGUUAAUGAUGAAUGUUGAUGGUUUUUAAAGUCCGAUAUAAAUAAAUACUUGCAUACUGUAA